AUGCCAGUUAUCGGGGACAUGUACACUGAUCAUCAGGGCACUGAUGAUCAUUGUAGCCCCAGCAGUGCCACCUGUCAGUGUCCAUCAGUGCCUUGUGCCAGUGCUCAUCAGUGCCACAUCAAUGCCACAUAUCAGUGCCUACCAGUGCACAUCAAUUACACAUAUCAGUGCCCAUCUGAGCUGCCUUUCAGUGUCACCCAUCAGUGCCACCUAUCAGUGCCAGUCAGUGCCGUCUAUCAGUGCCAUGUAUCAGUGCUUCCUUUCAGUGCCCAUCAGUGAUGCCUGUCAAUGCACAUCAGUGCCACCU